CAUGGAGAUGUUUAUGAAAAAUGAGCUGAAGAUGGUCCAGAAGUUUCUCCUGACAAAUGAUGCAGAAUACUUGGAGAGUCAGAAUGAGGAUGAGGAGCAGAGGAACAUCAGAAUGGUUUUCCUGGACCUCACAGUGGCCUUCAUGAGGGCAAUGAAUUAUGAGGAGCUGGCUGACUCUCUGCAGAGCAGAACUCGUGCUGGAGUUUGUCGUGGUACAUUCAAAUCUAAGUUAAAGCAGAAGUUUGAGCGUGUGUUUGAGAGGAUCUCUAAAGCAGGAAAGACGACUCUUCUGAAGGAGAUCUACACAGAGCUCUACAUCACAGACGACGAGGCUUCAGAGGUCAACCAGGAACAUGAGGUCAGACAGAUUGAAGCAGCAUCCAGGAAAACGGACACACCACAAAGAACCAUCACAUGUGAAGACAUCUUUAAAGCCUCAGCUGACACUCAGCCACCAAUCAGAACAGUGCUAACAAAGGGUGUGGCCGGCAUCGCUCUGGACUGGGCUGAAGGACAAACCAACCAGGACUUCCACUUCAUAUUUCCAUUCACUUUCAGAGAGUUGAAUGUGCUGAAAGAGAAGAAGUUCAUCUUGGUGGAACUUGUUCAUCACUUCUUUCCUGAAACCAAAGAAGCAGGAAUCUGCAGCUUCCAGCACUUCCAGGUCUUGAUCAUCUUGGAUGGUCUGGAUGAGUGUUGCCUCCCUCUGGACUUCCACAGCAAUCACAUCCUGACUGAUGUCACAGAGUCGAGCUCAGUGGAUGUUCGGCUGACAAACCUCAUCAGGAGGAACCUGUUUCCCUCUGCUCGCCUCUGGAUCACCACACGACCUGCAGCAGCCAAUCAGAUCCCUCCUGAGUGUGUGGACAUGGUGACAGAGGUCAGAGGCUUCACUGACCCUCAGAAGGAGGAGUACUUCAGGAAGAGAUUCAGAGAUGAGGAGCAGUCCAGAAGAAUAAUCUCCCACAUGAAGACAUCACGAAGCCUCCACAUCAUGUGUCACAUCCCAGUCUUCUGCUGGAUCACUGCGACAGUUCUGGAGGACGUGUUGGACACCAGAGACACACCAGAGCUGCCAGAGACCCUGACUGAGAUGUACAUCUACUUCCUGGGGGUUCAGUCCAGAGUGAAGAAGGUCAAGUAUGAUGGAGGAGCUGAGACAGAUCCAAUGUGGAAUCCAGAGAACAGGGAGAUGAUUGUGUCUCUGGGAAAACUGGCUUUUGAGCAGCUGCAGAAAGGGAACCUGAUCUUCUAUGAAGAGGACCUGACAGAGUGUGGCAUCGAUAUCAGAGCAGCCUCAGUGUACUCAGGAGUCUUCACACAGAUCUUUAAAGAGGAGAGAGGACUCUACCAGGACAAGGUCUUCUGCUUCGUCCAUCUGAGUCUUCAGGAGUUUCUGGCUGCUCUUUAUGUCCAUCUGACCUUCACCCAGUCUGGAGUCAAUCUGCUGUCCAAAAAACAAACAUCAUCCAGAAAAAUUCAAAUAAUUAAACAAAAACCUAAACUAACAUGUCUCCAUCACAGUGCUGUGGACGAGGCCUUACAGAGUCCAAAUGGACACCUGGACUUGUUCCUGCGCUUCCUUCUGGGUCUUCCCCUGCAAACCAAUCAGACUCUCCUACGAGGCCUGAUGACACAGACAGACAGAAUCUCGGAGACCAAUCAGGAAACAGUCGAGUACAUCAAGAAGAAGCUCAAUGAGAAUCUGUCUGCAGAGAGAAACAUCAAUUUGAUCCACUGUCUGAAUGAACUGAAGGAUCAUUCUCUGCUGGAUCAGAUCCAACAGCUCCAGAACUCUGGACGUCUAUCUGAACGUGGCCUGUCUGGUUCUUAUUUAUCAGCUCUGGCCUUCAUCUUACUGUCCUCAGAUCAACAUCUGGACGUGUUUGACCUGAAAAAAUAUGAACCAUCACAUGAAGCUCUUCUGCUGCUGCUGCCAGUGAUCAAAGAAUCUACAAAAGUUUUGUAAGUACAGAGACACUUU